AUGGCUGCCCCCAUGUGCAGCAGAGUGUUUCCCUGGCUUUCAAACUUUUCAUCAAAUUUCCACAAAUACAGAUGUUUUCUUCCGCUUUGGAACGCGACGAAUAUCAACCAAACAAGGAACUACUCAAGAAGAGGACUUGUAAGAAAGCCCAUAAAAGUGAUUCCGGCCGUCCCUUCGGAAACUGUGGAUAGCGGAUCUGGCGAGACUGUCAAUGUUGGAUUCUUUCGUCAGUUCGAUAGAGCGAAUGAGUUCAAGCCGGAAUUAAAGUCGCCACCACCUGGACAGGAUCUCCACGUCAAUAAAUUGGAAAACGUAGCUGAUCAUGUCGAUGCUCAACCAAGACUAAGAUUUGAAAAAGUUAACGCUGCUGACAAGCGGGUUAGGAGAAUCCUGACACUGAUGAGAUCCCGGAAAUACAGAGAACAAACCAAAAAAGUCCUGCUAGAAGGCAGAAGACUUAUAAUCGAUGCCAUUCUGGCUGGUGCUGAAUGCCAUACCAUAUACUUCAGCCGAGUUGAAAGUCUGGAAGGAAUACCUUGGUACGAAACAGAUGCUGAGCUUCUUAGGAUUCCAUACAAGGAGGUCAAACUAUGGUCAGAUGUAGUAACACCGCAGGGGAUUAUGGCUGUGUUUUCCCAGCCAAGAUUUGAAGAUCUACCAAUGAUGUCUGAAGAGCAGAGUAUACCGCUAACUGUCAUCUGUGAUAAUAUAAGAGAGCCUGGUAAUUUGGGUGCAUUGCUACGCUCUGCCGUGGCAGCCGGUUCUCAACAAAUACUUGUUACAAAAGGAUGUGUGGAUAUAUGGGACCUCAAAGUACUACGUGCAGGAGCUGGCGCACAUUUCAGAACACAGAUUCACAACAAUCUUCCAUGGGACAGUGUCAAGAAUUAUCUAGAUGAUGACGUGGUUGUACAUGUUGCUGAUUGUAGAACCGCUGAUGCCUUUGAAAGGGUAGAAGAAGAUGAUUGUGAGACUGAGUCUGUAGUUGAUCCCAGAACUCUUGAUUUAAACGAUGUCAGGACUAUGAAUUUGCUCAGUAAGUUACCAAAUGAGGAUUUGAUGAAUGACAUGGACGUAGACAAGAAAUUAAACUGUGUACCGACUAAAGAUUUUUAUAACAUUGACUGGACUGUGAAAUCAGCUAUUGUCAUUGGAGGCGAGACGCACGGAUUGAGUAAACAAGCAGUUGAUUUGGCAGAUGAAACUUAUGGAUACAAAGUUCAUAUUCCAAUGGCAUUUGGAAUGGACAGCUUGAAUGCUGCCAUGGCAACGAGUGUUGUCACUUUUGAGGCAAAGCGUCAAUAUUUGAAUUGUAAAGAAAAUAAUAAGAAUACUUAAGUUAUGUACACAAAACUUUGUGACUUUAAAAGAUUGCUUGUGUGAUAUAAAGUUGUGUAUAUGUGAAA